CUCGGCCUCUCCCCAGCACGUUCCCCGCUGCUCCGGUUCAGACCCAGCGAGCGAGCCUCUCCAUCCCCGGCGGGCAGCCUUCCUGGGCGGCUGAGCUGCCGCCCUCCGCAGCGCUCCCGCGGGUCGGGCGCUCGCGGUCCCCGCGGCCAGAGAGGGGCCAGCACUCCAGCGCUUCUCUGGUUUCUGUUGACUUCAGCGCCUCUGACCGCCCGGGUCCCCCGCAGCCGGAACCCCGGAGACGCGCUCAGCCCGGGACCACCGCGGGACAAGAUACAAGAUUGUGAGAAGCCACGGCAAUGGGCAGCAAAACCUUGCCAGCGCCAGUGCCCAUCCACCCUUCCCUGCAGCUCACCAACUACUCCUUCCUCCAGGCAGUGAACGGCCUGCCCGCGGUGCCCUCGGACCACCUGCCCAACCUGUACGGCUUCAGCGCGCUGCACGCCGUGCACCUGCACCAGUGGACGCUGGGCUACCCAGCCAUGCACUUGCCGCGCUCCUCGUACUCCAAAGUGCCGGGAGCCGUGUCCAGCUUGGUGGACGCGCGCUUCCAGCUGCCGGCCUUUCCCUGGUUCCCUCAUGUUAUUCAGCCCAAGCCCGAGAUCACCGCAGGAGGCAGCGGCCCCGCGGCGCUCAAGUCCAAGCCGCGCUUUGAUUUCGCCAACUUGGCCUUGGCUGCCACGCAAGAAGACCCGUCCAAGCUUGGCCGAGGGGAAGGUCCCGGCUCCCCCGGGAGUGGGCUGGGCACCCUCCUGGACGUGACUAAGUUGUCCCCAGAAAAGAAACCCACGAGGGGACGCCUGCCUUCCAAGACCAAGAAGGAGUUUGUCUGCAAGUUCUGCGGCCGCCACUUCACCAAGUCCUACAACUUGCUUAUCCAUGAGCGGACCCACACGGACGAGCGACCCUACACCUGCGACAUCUGCCACAAAGCCUUCCGGAGGCAGGACCACCUACGCGACCACAGAUAUAUUCACUCCAAAGAGAAGCCUUUCAAGUGUCAGGAGUGCGGGAAGGGGUUCUGCCAGUCCAGGACUCUGGCUGUCCACAAGACGCUACACUCACAGGUGAAGGAGCUCAAAACCUCCAAGAUCAAAUGCUAAAGGAAGCCCCCGGUCCCCAGAACCCUGGGUCACAUCACCCCCUCCUCCAAAAGGACCAGAAGCCAAAGGCGACUCUGGCGGCAGCGGGAGGGGCGUCCGCGACCUCCCCCCACCCCAAUGUCCCCUGGGUCCCCAGGCGCACGCGGCACUCCAGAGCCCAGCCCAAGGCCAUGACCCCGGCCUGCGGGGCGGCUCCCCCAGGACGCGGCUAAAUUCUUGGCCAAAAGGCGGUACUCACGUGGCGGAAGGGAAACUGCAUUAAAAAAAAAAAAAAAAAGAAAGAAAAAAGAAAGGAAAAAAACCGACAGCUCCGCGGAGCCGCAGCGGCGCCU